AGGCCCUCUAAACAGUGCUGCUGGUCUGGUGUGGGUGGCAUGCGGCGCAGAGAUAGCAGCAGCACUCUCUGUCAUCCCCUACGUGCCCAAUCCCUUCUUUCCGCUUGCUCCUCCCCCCCCCUCUCUAUCCCACCCCUCUCCCUCCUCUUCCAGAGCCCCUCUAAACGGUGCUGCUGGUCUGGUGUGGGUGGCAUGCGGCGCAGAGAUAGCAGCAGCACUCUCUGUCAUCCCCACAGCCCCUCUAAACGGUGCUGCUAGUCUGGUGUGGGUGGCAUGCGGCGCAGAGAUAGCAGCAGCACUCUCUGUCAUCCCCACAGCCCCUCUAAACGGUGCUGCUGGUCUGGUGUGGGUGGCAUGCGGCGCAGAGAUAGCAGCAGCACUCUCUGUCAUCCCCAUAGCCCCUCUAAACGGUGCUGCUGGUCUGGUGUGGGUGGCAUGCGGCGCAGAGAUAGCAGCAGCACUCUCUGUCAUCCCCACGUGGCAUGCGGCGCAGAGAUUGCAGCAGCACUCUCUGUCAUCCCCACGUGCCCAAUCCCUUCUUUCCGCUUGCUCCUCCCCCCCCCUCUCUAUCCCACCCCUCUCCCUCCUCUUCCAGAGCCCCUCUAAACGGUGCUGCUGGUCUGGUGUGGGUGGCAUGCGGCGCAGAGAUUGCAGCAGUACUCUCUGUCAUCCCCACGUGCCCAAUCCCUUCUUUCCGCUUGCUCCUCCCCCCCCCUCUCUAUCCCACCCCUCUCCCUCCUCUUCCAGAGCCCCUCUAAACGGUGCUGCUGGUCUGGUGUGGGUGGCAUGCGGCGCAGAGAUUGCAGCAGCACUCUCUGUCAUCCCCACGUGCCCAAUCCCUUCUUUCCGCUUGCUCCUCCCCCCCCUCUCUAUCCCACCCCUCUCCCUCCUCUUCCAGAGCCCCUCUAAACGAGCCCCUCUAAAUGGUGCUUCUGGUCGCGUGUGUGGCAUGCGGCGCCAGCGUGUAGCGGGCCGGGCUGCAGCGGGGGUUCAUUUCGCAGAGGGGCGGGACCGGAUGUGCCUCGAGGCGCCAGACCAUGCCAUAGACUUCUACCCAACGCUCAAACAGCGCGUGCAGGUGUUGUAUGAGCCAUCCGUUGGUUCUUCUCCCACACUCCCCUUCUCCCGCCCCCCGUUUAACUCCCGCCCUCCUCUUCUCUCCCGCCACCCCCUUCUCUCCCGCCAUCCCUUCCUCUACCGCCCUCCCCUUCUCUCCCGCCCUCCCCUUCUCUCCCGCCCUCCCCCUAUCUCCCGCCCACCCCUACUCUCCCGCCCUCUCGCCAUUCAUUCCCCCCCGCCCUCGAUGUUCAUCCAUACCCUUUGGACAACCCUAAACCAUGAGUCAUGCAUGAUCACGGAUGUCUCAUGCUUCCCCGCAUUCUCAUACAUGCGCGCAGGAGGGAAACAGCGGGGCCUAUCAAAGGUUAAGAGGACUGACUGGAACGUCUCCAACUCCCACCGGAAGAACAAUGAAUGGAUGGGGGGUUUGCACCGUAAUGUGCGGUGGAUUAUCAAGGACCACUUCACACGCCACACCCCCGUGUACAACACAGACGUGAAGGGCUUCAAGUGGGGCGACCGUGGGCUGUAUGUUCACGAGUCAGGAUUUGAGGCCUUCCGGGGGAAGGCUGAGCUUGAUGCCGAAACGAAGGACCUGAAGGAGGAAGAAAAGGAGGUGUACGACUCGGAGGACAUGGAGGAGGAUAAGGAGGAGGAGGAUGAGGAGGAGGAGGAGGAGGAGGAGGAGGAGGAGGAGGAUGACGAGGAGGAGGACGAGGAGGAGGAGGAGGAGGAGGAGGACGAGGAACAGUGGGGGCAGGAGCAGAGGAAGAGGAAAAGGCACAAGAGACCUAGGGCAGGCGGGAGGGAUGAGGAAGAGGAUGAGAAACGGGGGGGGCAAGAGCUUAGGAAGGGCAGAAGGCACAAGGGAGGGAAAACCAGGGGAGGCAGGAGGGAAGCGGACGAGGAAGAGGAGAAGGAAGAGGAGCUGGGGGAUAAGAAACAGGGGGGGCAGGAGCGGAGGAAGGGCAGGAAGCACAAGAGAGGCAGAGGGCAGGGAAGCAGGAGGGAAGAGGAAGUGGAGGAAGAUGAGGAAGAGGAGGAGCAGGAGGAUGAGAAACAGGGGGGCCAGUCGCGGAGGAAGGGUAGAAAGCACAAGAGAGGCAGAGGCAAGGGAGGUUGGAGGGAAGUGGAAGAGGAGGAAGAGGAGGAAGAGGAGAAAGAGGAGGAAGAGGAUGAGGAUGAGGAUGAGAAGCAGGGGGGCCAGGAGCGGAGGAAGGGCAAAAGGCACGAAAAUGGCAAAAGAAGGGGAGGCAAGAGGGCCAAAUGA